CACUGAUCUUACCAGUCACCUCCUCUCUUCUUCUUCUUCUCCUUGUUACCUAUCUUAUCAGUUGGGUGUUGUAAGUGCAAGUGGAAGAUGAAUUCUAAAAGCAGCAAUUUGGAGACCCGUUCACUGCUUGAUGAGCUUAGCAGCUUCAACCAAGGGGGGCUCUUCGACUUCGGUCACCCUCUCCUCAACCGUAUUGCUGAAAGUUUCGUCAAAGCUGCUGGAAUAGGAGCGGUUCAAGCCGUGUCCCGUGAGGCUUAUUUCACUGCUAUUGAAAGUUCAGGGCUUGAUAAUACCGGUGGCAUGCCUCCCGAAGUUUCUGGCGCCAAGAAACAUCGCUUGCCCGGUCUCAGAGGAGAGACCAGCAGCAAAUCCCUUGAGGCCAUGGUGAAGAAUACCGGGAAAGAGUCCUUGCAAUGGGGACUGGCUGCUGGGAUAUACUCUGGUCUCACAUAUGGGCUGAAGGAAGCUCGUGGAGCUCAUGAUUGGAAAAACAGUGUAAUUGCAGGAGCAGUAACGGGGGCAACACUUGCACUGACAUCAGAAGACACAUCUCAUGAACAGAUUGUGCAAUGUGCUAUUACUGGAGCUGCAAUCUCGACCGCAGCAAAUCUUCUUACCGGAAUAUUCUAGACAGAAUAUUAGUGAUGACCACCCUCUUAAAGAUUCUACUUUUGAAAUUGAUAAUUGAAAACCCUCGUGUUGUCUUGGUGGAUUUAUGGAUUGUUCUAGUUACUAGUUAGGACAUGUUUUUGAACUACUUGGCAAGUUUUUCUGUCUUAUCUCGAAUUUGUAGUGUUGGACAUGGCCUCCCUGUUAAAGGCCUUUCGAAUUAACAAGCUUCUUCCCUUACAAGGAGCAUCUGAAUUAAACGUGACACUAGU